GUUUAAGAUAAGAGAAGGCGACAAGCCUAAGUGGAGUUUACUCGGUGAAAUCGGAGACUCUGGAUUUCACCGGGACCACCGUGUUGAACUAGCCUUUGCACCAUUCUUCACUUCCCUUUCCCUUUCCGACCCCGCCACUCACUCUCUCUCCCAAUCCUUCUCCGCCACCACUUCAAUUCCCCAGUCAACUCACCAUCCUUCAAAUUCAACAACCUCGUUCCCUUUUCCGAACCCCUUCUGAACUCAGCUCUACUCUGAACGCAUUCUUCCAUGAACGGUAUUCCCAAACACGAGCGCCGAUGGGCGUCCGACACCGUUCCGGAGAAAGUACCAUUCCGAAGCACCGGAACUUCGCCGGGAACUGACACCAGUUCAGUCACCGGCGAGUACGUUGAGGUCACUCUCGACCUUCAAGACGAUCACACCAUCGUUCUCCGCGGCAUUGAGCCGGUCACUGUCAAUAUCGUCGACGACGGUGUCGCCACGAGCGGGAACGGAACUCCGGCGUUGUCGCCGACGAUCAGGAGAAGCUCCUCCAACAGGUUUCGCCAGUUCUCGCAGGAGCUGAAAGCCGAGGCGGUGGCCAAGGCGAGGCAAUUCUCGCAGGAGCUUAAGGCGGAGCUACGACGGUGGAGCCACGGCGGGUCUGAAACGGCGGUGGUUGCUCGAGAUCUUCGGAAGCAGCGCGCUCAGCUUGACCGGAAUCGGUCCGGUACUAAGAAAGCGCUUCGCGGAUUGAAAUUCAUCAGCGGCAAAUCCAACGGCGUUGAUGCCUGGAACGAGGUGCGGAGCAAUUUCGAUAAACUUGCCAGAGACGGUUAUCUCCAUCGCAACGAUUUUGCCCAAUGCAUAGGAAUGGGGGAUUCUAAGGAGUUUGCUCUGGAAUUAUUCGAUGCUCUGAGUCGAAGACGAAGAUUGAAGGUUGAAAUGAUCAACCGGGAGGAGCUUUACGAGUUCUGGUCGCAAAUUACCGAUCAAAGUUUUGAUUCGCGGCUUCAGAUCUUCUUCGACAUGGUGGACAAGAACGAAGAUGGAAGAAUCACAGAGGAAGAAGUUAAAGAGAUCAUCAUGCUAAGCGCUUCAGCCAAUAAGUUAUCCAGAUUGAAGGAGCAGGCCGAAGAGUAUGCAGCUCUAAUUAUGGAAGAGUUAGACCCUGAAAGACUGGGUUUCAUUGAGCUAUGGCAAUUGGAGACACUUCUGUUACAAAAGGACACAUAUUUCAACUACAGCCAAGCUCUAAGCUACACAAGUCAAGCUUUGAGCCAGAACCUGCAAGGACUAAUGAUGAGAAGUCCGAUACGUAGGAUGAGCCGGAGGUUGCUCUACUAUUUGCAAGAAAAUUGGAAGAGACUGUGGAUUUUAACAUUGUGGAUUUUCAUAAUGAUUGGGCUGUUUACUUGGAAGUUCAUUGAGUACAAGCGAAAGGAUGCUUCUCAUAUCAUGGGUUACUGUCUACUCACAGCCAAAGGUGCGGCUGAGACCCUGAAGUUCAACAUGGCACUUAUACUCUUGCCCGUGUGCAGAAACACCAUAACUUGGCUCAGGUCUACCAAGCUGGCUUACGUUGUACCUUUUGAUGAUAACAUCAACUUUCAUAAGACAAUUGCCGCGGCCAUAGUGAUUGGAGUUAUACUUCACGCCGGGGAUCACCUUGCUUGUGAUUUUCCCAGACUUGUAAAUUCCCCUCAAGAUAAAUAUAAUAAGUAUUUGAAUGGCGUAUUUGGCGAUCAUAAACCCAGUUACGGAGACCUUGUUAAAGGGGUUGUGGGUGUGACUGGAAUUUCGAUGGUGUUUUUUAUGGCAAUAUCAUUUAUACUUGCAACAAAAUGGUUCAGGAGAAAUAUCAUUAAGCUGCCUAAACCAUUUAAUAGGCUCACUGGUUUCAAUGCAUUCUGGUAUUCACACCAUCUAUUUGUCAUUGUCUAUAUCCUGCUCAUCAUUCACGGUUUAAAUCUUAAACUUGUGCACGGACGGUUCCAUCAAACGACAUGGAUGUAUGUUGCAGUUCCAGUUUUACUUUAUGCGGGAGAAAGAACACUCAGAUUCUUACGGUCUGGUUUCUCCACAGUCCGUCUUAUAAAGGUUGCAAUUUAUCCUGGAAAUGUUCUCACAUUGCAAAUGUCGAAGCCACCCCAAUUUCGUUACAAGAGUGGACAAUACAUGUUUAUUCAAUGUGCUGCUGUUUCUCCAUUUGAGUGGCAUCCUUUUUCUAUUACCUCAGCCCCUGACGAUGACUACCUGAGUGUUCACAUACGGCAACUGGGAGAUUGGACGCAGGAGCUUAAAAGGGUAUUCUCUCAGGCCUGUGAGCCUCCUGUAACUGGGAAGAGCGGGCUUCUAAGGGCUGAUGAGACCACCAAGAAAAGUUUACCCAAGCUUAGAAUAGAUGGACCUUACGGUGCGCCAGCUCAGGACUAUACAAAAUAUGAUGUCCUGUUACUUGUCGGUCUAGGAAUAGGAGCCACACCUUUUAUCAGCAUUCUAAAAGAUCUUCUCAACAACAUUAUCAAAAUGGAGGAGCUAGCGGAUUCGGUCUCUGGUUCAAGUAGAUGUUCAGACCUCAGCAUUGGGAGCACAGAUUCACCAUCUCUGAAUAGAACUUCUCCUAAACGGAAGAAAACACUGAAGACCACCAACGCUUAUUUCUACUGGGUAACUAGAGAACAAGGCUCUUUCGACUGGUUUAAAGGGGUCAUGAAUGAAGUUGCUGAACUUGAUCAAAGGGGUGUUAUUGAGAUGCACAACUACUUGACAAGCGUAUACGAGGAAGGCGAUGCCAGAUCCGCCCUCAUCACCAUGGUACAAGCACUCAACCAUGCUAAAAAUGGUGUUGAUGUUGUUUCUGGGACCAGGGUCCGAACUCAUUUCGCAAGGCCUAACUGGAAGAAGGUUUUCUCUAAAUUGAGUUCUAAGCACUCCAAUGGACGAAUAGGGGUAUUUUAUUGCGGUGCUCCAGUUCUGGCGAAAGAACUAAGCAAGCUCUGUUUCGAGUUCAACGAAAAAGGUCAAACAAAAUUCGAGUUCCACAAGGAGCAUUUUUAAGGAAUGUAGAUGGAGCAUUCCCAUCUAUGCCUGGUGUUAACACAAGUACAUUUGCAGCUUGGGGUUGCAAGAUUAUAAGAUUGUGUUCAAUAAGCUAAAACCUUGUCAAUAGAAGGUGAGGCAUUGUACAUACCGGCCAAUUCAUCACACAUGUGGCGGCGGCGAAAAGGAGAUUACUCCUACUGCUCCUGCAGCAGUGUUGGAUACAUAACUGGCAGAUACAUCCAUAGUAUAGGAUAUUGACAGUUUUGAAAGUGAUAAAAAGAAGUAUACAUAGUGGAAUAGAGGUCAACUUCUAAAGCUAUAGUUUCUUAGGAGAUUUUUUUUUAAAUGUUAUAAAACAUUAAAUUA